AGUAGCAUACGGUGAACGUGAGCCAUUUUCUCGUUAAUUAAUUUGAUACCUACGGUGGCCGUUGAACUCACCGGAAAAUUCAGUACUUCUCCGGCUUCAAUGGCUCGUCCUUUUUUCUUACUCUACUCACUCUCCGACUCACUUAGAAGCUUGUUCUUCAUACCUACAGCCUUGGCUCUCACCACUUCUCUCUUCAUUCUCUUUUACAUCUCAUCAACCUCUAAUCUCUUCACCCCUCAUCUUCACCGCCAUUCUCGUCUCCAUUUCCUUCAAAACCCUAGCGGCCUUUCUCCCAAUUUGCAAAGUCAACCUCAAUCUACUCUCGAUUUUGACUCCUCCACCCCUAAAUUGGGGGUCACGGUGGAUCACGGCGGAGAUGCAAAACCUUUACGCAGCUCAAAUGGAAGAACUGUGAAUGUCUUCCAUGAUCAUGACAUCUUUAUAGAAGACUACAUCAAAAUGAACGAAAGUUUCAAGAUUUACGUGUACCCUCAUCCUAGAAACCACCCGUUCGCUAAUGUGUUACUGCCGGUAGAUUUUGAACCCGAAGGCAACUAUGCUAGCGAAAGUUUCUUCAAGAAAGCGCUCAACAAUAGUCAUUUCGUGACCAAAGAUCCCACCGAAGCCGAUCUCUUUUAUCUUCCCUUUUCGAUUGCAAGAUUAAGGCACGAUCCAAGGGUGGGAAUUGAUGGAAUCCAAGACUUCAUCAAAGAUUACAUUUUUAAUAUCAGCCAUAAAUACCCGUAUUGGAAUCGGACUGGUGGUGCUGACCAUUUCUAUGUUUCUUGCCAUUCAAUCAGUCGGUCUGCCGUUAGGAAAGCAGAGGAAAUCAGACUCAACGCCAUUCAAGUUGUGUGUUCUUCGAGCUACUAUGUAUCUACGUAUGUUCCUCAUAAAGAUGCAUCCUUGCCACAAAUUUGGCCUCGGCUAGAAGGUGAUCCCCACAAUGUUACAUCAUCCGUAAGGAAAAAGCUAGCUUUCUUUGCAGGAUCUAUGAAUUCCCCUGUUCGUGAAAGGCUUAUCAAAGCAUGGCAGAAUGACACGGAGAUUUCUGUGCAUUCUGGUCACCUAAACACGCCUUAUGAAGAGGCGCUUCUCGACAGCAAAUUCUGUCUCCAUGUCAAGGGAUUUGAGGUAAACACAGCCCGCAUUGGUGAUGCAUUGCAUCACGGAUGUAUCCCCACAAUCAUCGCGAACCACUAUGAUCUUCCAUUUGCAGACAUAUUAAACUGGAAAAGCUUCUCAAUAAUCAUUGCCACAUCGGACAUCCUGUCCCUACAGAAGAUCCUCACAAGUAUAAGCACCGAUGAGUAUGCCCAGCUGCACAACAACGUACUCGAGGUUAGAAAACAUUUCCAGUGGCAUGUUAUUCCUGUUGGUUUUGACGCGUUUUACAUGGUUAUGUAUGAAUUAUGGCUUCGCCGAAGCUCUGUUAGGGUUCCAUUGAGUUAGAGGUUGAUAUAUAAUGGUAUUGGCAUGAUUCUUGCAUAUCUUGAGUCAUUGUGAAUAUGAGUUAAAACAUGACA